AUGUCGUUUGGCAGCUCUAGGAGAAUCAUGUACUCUACAUCUCUGGUGGUGGUCUUGGUCAUGUUUGUGUUCCAGAUUUGGGUCUGCGGUGUCUCCAACUGUAAGGCAGGAGCAAUAAGGUUACUUCAAGAGAAUGGCAUGGCAAAGUUUAAGGAGAGCGGCCAUAAUUUUACUGCAAAUAAUCACAAGAGCAAAGAAGAAUACUUCAGAAAGUACUUCAAUGGAAGAGGUAACACUUCUCAUGGUCUCAACAAAACUGAGAAAGGAUUUGAAGAGAGCAAAAGAAGAGUGCCCAGUUGUCCAGAUCCUCUCCACAACUAG